AAAAUUUCAACUGGAUUGAUAUUUUUUUUAAACAAUUUUAAUUAUAUAAACAAAUGGAUUUUAUUAAAAUUUUAGAAUUGACAUAAAUAUUAAACUGAAAUAAACAAAGGAUCAAAGAAAAUUGACAAAGCAAAAAUGUCCUUCAUGUACAGUCGACUAAAACAAUUAGUCAUAACUGGUCAAGUGAAUGAAGUCAAAAAAAUUUUAACACUCAAUCCAAAUUAUGUAAUCGACAUAAAUCUUCUCUACUUAUCCAUAAAAUAUAAUCAACAAGAAAUUCUCCAAUUAUUCUUGUUUCGAACAUUUCCAUCAAUAAUUCCUCAUGAAUUCAAUAAUAAUAAUAAUAAUAAUAAUAAAGAAAAUUGCAAUUUUGUACAAGAAAAAAAUUACGACUUCAAACGCCACUUGUUAUCAAGCAUAGAAUCAAAAAUACAUCAACAAAAACAAUCAUUGAAUCUAAUGGAAAUUGCUUGUGAGAUAGUUGAUAAAUUUCUCACCGUUGUGCUAAUUAGAAAAACAAAUAAUAAAUUAAAAAAAAUAAAUUCACAAUUGGAGAAUGUCACAAGAUUUUUUAUCAAAAAUAAAGAGAGAUAUUUGUGGAGAAUAGAACAUUUAUUGCAUUGUAAACACAACCUUAAUGCAUGGGACGCUCAAGGUUGGACGCCAUUAUGUAAAAGUAUUCAACUCUUUGGCCAUUAUUUAGUUGAUAUUCUUCUUGAUAAUGGAGCAAAUGUUAAUAUUCCAACAGUGAGACAUCAAACGGCUCUUCAUUUUGCCUCAAGCUAUUACAAUAAUUCCGAGGCAUUUCAUCGUAUUUUAAAAUUAACAAUUCACAAUUAUUAUUCAAUUGAUGUCACCGGCUGUAUUCCCCUCUUUUACGCUGUGAUGAAGCAAAAUUCACUAACCACCGAAAUUCUAUUGGACAAAUUUCCCGACAAUAAAAACGAUUCACAUCACAAAAUGGCGUUUUGUCUCGCAAUUCUCAACACUGAAACAAGAGGAAGAAAUAAAAAAAUUGUCAAACAUUUUAUAAAACGUGGCUACACACUCUUUCAUCGUGAUUUCUUUAAUCUCAAUAUUCCACAAUCGUGGAUUAAUCAUUUACGAAAUAUUAGCGAGGAUCCUGAAUACGAUUAUUUACAUUUCUUUCUCAAUAGAGAAUUAUCAUUGGAGGCUUUAUUUGAAUUUUUGGUAUUGAAAGCAAUUAUCGAGCAUGGUUAUACGAAAAUUUUUCAUGAUAUGAUCGAGGAUAUUGAUGCGAUUGAAUUGGAAUUUCCGAGGAAUGGAAGUCUACUUCAUUUGGCGAGUAAAUAUGGUCGAGUCACUAUUGCUAAGGACCUCUUGAGACGCGGUGCGUUGGAAGAUGUUGUUAAUGAUGAUAAAAUGACUCCAUUACAUUUUGCCGUGAUGAAUAAUCAUUGGAAGAUUGUUAAGAUACUGAUGAGGCAGAAGGUGAAUUUAACGGAACCGAAUAUUUAUGGGGAACGACCAUUGUUUAUUGCUUGUAAAUCGUCAGCGAUGAUGUGCUUGAAGAUUCUUCUUAAUGCCGGAUGUAAUGUCAAUUGUCCGGAUUCGUUGGAAAGGUCUCCUCUUCACAUAGCUGCGGCCCAGGGAAACGUAACUAUGGUGAAACUGCUCCUAAAGUACGGCGCAAAUUUCGAAGCAAAGGACAAAGACGGCAACACUCCAUUGGACAUUUGUCUACGAAUAAAUACCAAGGGCAAUCGUCAAAUUGCCAAACUACUCCUAGACAAUAAAGCCUCAUACAACAGUGAGCAAAAAAUUCAUUGUCAAUUCUUCAACAAAAUCAUGACAGCACACGCAAUUAAAAUGAAAGUUCUCAAUAUUAACGAAAAUUUCCAUUAUAAUCUUAACGACAACAUUACUCUCAAGUUCAAUGAUUUUUUUAUCAAAUGCACAAAAGAGAAAACAAAAAUGUCAUCAAUGAAGCUACCAUUCUCAAAUGGCAUUAUUUCAAUUCUAAAUCUACUUACCGGCAAUGAUUACACAAACUCCCUACUAUUGAGGAACGAAGCAUUCGUCAAUUAUUUGAGAGCAAUUAAUUUAAAGCUACACUAUCCAAUUUAUUAUUCAAUGUUAAAAACUCAAAUUAUUAACGGAGCAAUGAAGGGUAUGUUGACGGAAAUUGCUCAACAUUGCCUUCGAGUUAGAUAUAGAAGGCGAAAAUCGCCAUUUUUCGAUAUCAACGAUUUAGGGUCAAUUCACAAUAUUUACUUGCGUCGUCUCAUUGUACUGUCGCCAUUAGAAACGAGAAAAAAGCAAUUAGUUUUCGAGAGAAAAAUUCCCAUUUUUCGCUGUAUACCGAAUCAGUACCUACCCAUACCAACUUUAGAGGAAUAUAUGCUUCUGUAAUUCCUUAAUUUUUUUCGGGAAGAAAAAAAGAAUGAAAAGAAAUGCAACAAUUUUUAAUGUUUAAUUCUUUGUAUAUUAUAGAAAAAGA